AGUGCGUGGCGUGUGUAGCAGGUAAACGUCACAGCUCGCGGAGAAAGCCUCUGUGAGCGGGCGCCACACUUCCUCAAUCGACGGAAUCACAGAGCAAAAAAAAACCGAGGGGAGGAGAAAAAGCAACUUUCGUCGUGCUGCGGCGAAAAAGAACAGCGGCAAGUUUGCAGGAGGAGGGCAGGUGACCCUGGUACUUGUCACCAUGGCUCCUUUCCUUAGGAUUGCCUUUAACUCAUAUGACUUGGGCAUCCUGCCCCCCUUGACGGAUCCUCCUUUCUGUGCAAUCAAGAUGAAGGAGGCCUUGGCAACUGAACGAGGUAAGACCCUGGUCCAGCGGAAACCCACCAUGUACCCGGCCUGGAAGGCCAGUUUUGAUGCGCACAUCUAUGAGGGUCGUGUGCUGGAGGUACUGCUGAUGAAGACAGCAGAGGAGCCACUGGCUGAGGUCACUGUUGGUGUGUCUGUCCUUGCUGAACGCUGUAAGAAAGCCAACGGGCGUGCUGAAUUCUGGGUGGAUCUCCAGCCUUCUGGGAAAGUGAUGAUGGCAGUGCAGUAUUUUCUGGAGGAAACUGAUGCAGAGAGAAAACAGGCUGCAAAGGAGGAAGAUGCUCCUACCCUGAACCGCAGACGAGGGGCCAUUAAGCAGGCCAAGAUCCACUUCAUAAAGAACCAUGAGUUCAUCGCCACGUUCUUCAGACAGCCCACUUUCUGCUCUGUGUGCAGAGAGUUUGUCUGGGGUCUCAACAAGCAAGGCUAUAAAUGCAGACAAUGCAAUGCAGCCAUUCACAAGAAAUGCAUAGACAAAAUCAUCGGCAGAUGUACUGGUACUGCUGCCAACAGUCGGGAUACUGUGUUCCAAAAGGAGCGUUUUAAAAUUGACAUGCCACAUCGUUUCAAGAUCAACAACUACAUGAGUCCCACCUUCUGCGACCACUGUGGAAGUCUGCUGUGGGGUCUGGUCAAACAAGGCCUCAAGUGUGAAGAUUGUGCAAUGAAUGUCCAUCACAAGUGUCAGGAUAAAGUAGCCAACCUUUGUGGUAUCAACCAGAAACUUUUAGCUGAAGCACUUACACAAGUCAGCCAGAAAUCAUCCACCCGCCGUUCAGAUCCAAACCUACCUAAUCUGCCUGAUAUAGGAAUAUAUGAUGAAGUUAGCAAGCUUGCUGGACUCCAAAUCAAUGAUGGAUCUCCCUAUGGCAGACUGUGGGAGGGGUCCAGUCCACGCCCUCAGUCUCGUCUUACCCACCUUACCCGGGUCAACGUGGACAACUUUGUCUUCCACAAGGUCUUGGGAAAAGGCAGCUUUGGCAAGGUUCUCCUAGCAGAGCUGAAAGGCCGUGAGGAGUACUUCGCAGUCAAGGCUCUGAAGAAAGAUGUAGUGCUGAUGGAUGACGAUGUGGAGUGCACUAUGAUAGAGAAGAGAGUCUUGGCUUUGGCCUGGGAAAACCCCUUCCUCACACACCUUUACUCCACCUUCCAGACCAAGGAGCAUCUCUUCUUUGUGAUGGAGUAUGUGAAUGGAGGAGACUUGAUGUUUCACAUUCAGGAGAAAGGGCGCUUUGAACUCUACAGAUCCAUGUUCUAUUCAGCUGAGAUCAUUUGUGGUCUCCAGUUUUUACAUUCCAAAGGGGUCAUCUACAGAGAUCUUAAGUUAGACAAUGUGAUGCUGGAUUGUGAGGGACACAUAAAGAUUGCUGACUUCGGCAUGUGCAAGGAGAACGUGUUUGGAGACAAUCGUGCCACGACUUUCUGCGGCACUCCUGACUACAUUGCUCCAGAGAUCCUGCUGGGACAGAAAUACUCAUUUUCAGUUGACUGGUGGUCAUUUGGGGUGCUGCUGUAUGAGAUGAUGGUUGGACAGUCGCCUUUCCAUGGAGAUGAUGAGGAUGAGCUGUUUGAGUCCAUCCGCAUGGAUACUCCCCACUAUCCCCGCUGGAUCAGCAAAGAGGUCAAGGACCUGCUUGAGCGGUUAUUCGAAAGAGACCCCACUCGCAGGCUAGGGGUUGUGGGUAACAUCCGUUUACACCCCUUCUUUAAGACCAUUAACUGGCAGGCCUUGGAAAAUAGGGAGGUUGAACCACCCUUCAAACCCAAAGUGAAAGCACCGAAUGAUUGCAGCAACUUUGAUCGGGAGUUCCUCAGUGAGAAGCCUCGCCUCUCCUUCAGCGAUAAGAACUUCAUAGACUCCAUGGACCAGUCAGCAUUCGCUGGUUUUUCAUUCAUCAACCCCAAGAUGGAACAGCUUUUAGAAAACUGACUGCUGUAAUGACAUUCACACUUGGGUUACAUCCCUACUGUUUAUGGGACAGUUAAUCAGUUCUGUCGCAGACAUUGCGACAGAACUGAUUAACUGUGUGACCAUAUUUCACACACAAACUAUUCCCAUUGGGUACGUUUAAAAAUUAUACAAGUAGAAACAGAUCGCUGUACUGUAUAUAUGAUGUUUGUGUGCAUGCUUAUUAUUUGUGUAGGUUGUGAAGGCCUGUAUGAGUAAUAAUAUGAUAGUGUGAGGCUGAAAAACCUUACAUUCCACCUGACAUCACUGCUGUCAUCUGCAGUCUGUCCCUCUUGGUAACAUUCAGUUCAAACCAAAUGGUAAUGAAAAAUUAUGGAGAGAGAAAGAAACAUAGGAAUUACCUGUACUGUAUACUUAAACUCAGACCAAAAAAAACCUACACUGUAUCAAAAGAACCAUCAAAUUUACAGUAAAACACUGGCAGCACGGUUAACAGCCCAUUACUGUAAAUUUACUAACUAAUUUAAUUUAACUAAUUUAAUUACCCUAACUCUAACCCAAGCUAAUGUUACGUAAUAAUCUUACUUGAAAUGCUAGCGUUCACAGCGGCCAAGGUGAUCCUGCCUGCUAGUGCGAUUAAUGGAAGGGACAGUCGAAAUAUUGUUAACUUUACCUUCACAAAAGUACAGUAGUCCAACAUGGAAAGGAAAUAUACUGAGAUAAAAUUUGAUUCAAAUGUACUUAAUACUCCACUUACCUUAACUGGCUGUGAAUCAGUUCUCUUGCUGCCAGCGGUAAUCCAGAACAGUUGAAGUCCCACAGUUCAUCUAUCAAUUUGAAACUUACAGUAGUACACUGUGGAUGUGGUCCAGAAGUGUUGGUAACACAGCUGAAUGCUGCCAGAAUACAUCAAGUAAUAUAUUGUAGUUUUGAAAUGCAGCCAGAUUACUGAAAAAUCAGGCUGUAGAUUUUACAGCAAUUUGUUACAGUGUAUCAUGUUUAAAUAUAGCUUACUAAUGAAUGGUAUCUGUCUUUGAAACAUCUGAUUUUUAUUGCCUUUGACUGGAAAAAUUAUGUCUAGCUGACAAAGAAGAACUUGUGUUUGCAUGGUUGACUAACCAAUUUAUGUAAAGAUCAAAAAUAAAUAGAACAGCUGGUCACAGCUGUAUGUAAUAGGACCUGCCUUUGGACAGUGGCAGAUUGGGUGCAGGUAGGAUUGCAAAACCUUCUGCAAACAUCGAGCGAGAAGUCAAUCCAUUGCUGUUAUUAGACAAUGCAUAUGUACAGUAUAUUGUUGUAACAUUAUCAGUUUGCUAUGGAUGUACUUUUUUUUAAUGUCUCCAUCUUUUACAUCUGAUUAAAAUACCGUCAAUGCCCAAGUCUGAUCUGCUUCUUUUAAAACGUAUGCAGUUUACAUUAUCCUUGUGCCAUGGAAGCUUAAGAUCUCAGACACAAGGGGGAAUUUUAGAGGUCAGAUCAGAGCUUAUCUAUGGUGCAGUCACAUGUUAUUAAUGAAAGGCUCCUUGGUUUAUCAGUUAGAUAUUUAUUACAGUUGUAUUUUAGUGUUUUAAUGUGGAUGUUCAUUUGGUGUUCAGGUUGUACUCAUAAUUUUAUUGUGUAAUUUUACCUCACUUUUUGAGCAUGUUGGAACAACUGUUGAUUGUAUUUUGU